AUGUUGGACAAGCAGGUCGCCGCCUGUCAGGAGGCCGACGGCCUCUGCAGUAAUGCAGUUGAGGAUGCCUAUGUCAUGUACUCUGGGAGAGGCUCCUACGAUAUUUUGCACGUAGAGCUAGGUCCAAUCCCGCCAAACUACUUCCUGGAUUUUCUGAACCAGCACUGGGUGCAGCAGGCAUUAGGUGUGCCCAUCAACUAUACUGAAUCCUCGAACUACGCCUUCUCCGCAACGAGCGACUACCCACGUUCAGACCACGGGAACUUUUCGUUCACUCAUGUAUACGAAGCCGGCCAUGAGGUUCCUGCGUACCAGACCGAGACAGCAUAUGAGAUCUUCUACCGCGCUCUGUUCAAUCGGGAUUUAGCAACGGGUAAAAUGGACAUUGUUGCCAAUGGCUCCUAUUUGAUUCGAGGAACAGGUCCCCGAGAGCCCAGCGCUGGUGUGUUAUAUUCCUCUGAAACCGACGUGGACUGCAGAUAA